AUGACGACGAUCGGAUCACGGAGCUGCACGCUUUGCUGCUUCUUCUUCGUCGUCGUCGUCUUCAACGCUUUCGUUCUGACAGAAUCUGAGGUCUUCACGGUUGGAGACGAGAGUAGGUGGGAUACACAGGUCAACUAUGGCUCUUGGACAGAUAACCACAACUUCACCGUCGGCGACAUUCUUGAGUUCAAGUACUCGAGAUCGGAGCACAAUGUGUACGAGGUGACAAAGGAAGUGUAUCAGUCGUGCAAUGCGACUGCGAGCGAUGGAGUGCUAGCCAAGUACCAAACUGGGGACGACCAGAUAGAGCUCAAGGAAGCCAGGAAGUACUGGUUCAUUUGCGAAAUUGAUGGCCAUUGCUUUGGAGGAAUGAGACUGGCAAUUCAAGUGGCACAACAACAACAACAACAGUCAGCUGCAGGCACCGGCGAUUCAUCCACCGGCGGCAGCAGCAGCAGCGCUAGCUCUGGUGCUUCCAACAUUAUUAAAUACUCCUUGGGGAGAUAUUGUAGCUUGUUCAUCUACAUGGUACUUGUCUCUGCAUGCAUUUGGAAGUGA